CAGACGACAGUCAACUACUUCUCCUUUCGCAUCCCGUCACGCGCAAAUUACAAUGAUUCCGAGCCAGCUAUCUCUUUGGGUGUGCUGCAAUAUUAUAUACCUCUUUCCUAGUUAGCAUCAUGCCUUCCAGGCGCCAACAUCUCAAAUCUCGCCACGGUUGUCUGACAUGCAAGUCUAGGAAAGUAAAGUGCGACUUUCAGAGACCUGUGUGCAGUCAUUGCUCACGAAGAAAGGAACGAUGUCGAUACACGGAAGAUGCACCAAACCUAUCCCAUAAUCGACUCUCACAUGCAUACCGUCGAAAUGCUAUGUACUCGUCCGAAGGCCAUUUAUCAGCUCCUCUAUUCACCAGUUUACCGAAUCUCGAACAGAUUUUGUUGCAUCAUUUCUCAUCUAGCGUCAGUCUCACGUUGUCAGAUCGAAGCGAUUUCCAGGAAGUCUGGUCUCAUCAUGUUCCCAGAGAUAGUUACGAUUAUCCACACUUGAUGCACAGUAUUCUGGCCAUAUCGGCUCUUCACUUGUCGCAGACAGCAAACCCCGAGAAUCUUGCUGAUAUUAGAUUCUACGCGGCGCUGGCGACUAACCAUCAUGUUACAGCGUUGUCCCUUCUCACGCCUCAUGUUACUGGUGUCACAAUAAACAAUUUUGAUGCCAUGUAUGCAACCGCCAUGCUUGUCUUUCUUUACGCACUGAUGACGCUAUCGGACUCUUCAUGUCUCUCGCAACACAUUGUAGCACUCUCCGAAUUGGCCAAGGGAAUUCUAGCCGUAAGGAGAGAAGGCGAAGAAAAGUGUGAAAUCAAGAAGUCCUAUUUGUUGCGCGAUUAUUGCGCAUGGGACCAUCCACCGCCACUUCCAGAUGGUUUGCAUCGAACAGUGCGAAAUGUAGAGCACUUAGUUGCCUCACUUCCCGAGACUAAAGAGAAAACGGAAAACAAGACCGAAUAUCAGCAGGCCAUUAGGAUCCUCAGUUGUACUCUCAAUGCUGUCAAUCUGAAUCGUGAACAUCCAGCGAUGGUCUUCAUGUGGCUGACUCUCGUCAAUCGUCGUUAUAUCGAACUUGUGGAAUCUAAGGAUACUAUGGCUCUCAUGAUCCUAGGUCAUUACGGGAUUUGUAUGCUACAAGUGAAAGACAAAUGGUGGUUCGCAAAGUGUGGGGCAUAUCUCGUUUCUGCAGUGCACCGAAUCCUCGAUAAUUGA